AUGUCUUUCUCCAAGAUCACUGCUUUCGCCGGCAUGUUUGCCACCGUUGCUGCCCACGGAUACGUUAGCGGUAUUGUCGCUGGUGGAACCUACUACACUGGAUGGCUCGUCAGCUACGGAUACCAAACCCCCGAGCCCGAUUCGAUCGGAUGGUCUGACACCAACCUCGAUCUCGGAUUCACAUCCCCUUCUGCAUACACCACUGGUGAUAUCAUCUGUGCUAAGGAUGGUGCCAAUGCUGCCCUUUCAGCUACCGUCGCAGCGGGUGACACCAUUGAUUUCCAAUGGAACACCUGGCCAUCAUCUCAUCACGGCCCAGUCAUCACCUACUUGGCCAACUGCAACGGAGACUGUUCCACCGUUGAUAAAACCACUCUUGAAUUCUUCAAGAUCGACGAGGGUGGUUUGAUCGAUGAUGCUACGGUUCCUGGUGUAUGGGCUUCCGAUAACCUGAUCACCAACAACAACACAUGGACAUCCACCAUUCCUUCCGAUCUCGCCGCUGGAAACUAUGUCGCUCGUCAUGAAAUCAUUGCGCUUCACAGUGCUGGAUCCGCAGAUGGUGCUCAAAACUACCCUCAAUGUCUCAACUUGGAAAUCACUGGUAGCGGUACCCUCGCACCCUCCGGAACUCUCGGUGAGAAACUUUACACCCCAACCGACCCAGGUAUCUUGGUCAACAUCUAUCAAGCCCUCACCUACACCAUCCCCGGUCCAGCUAUGUACAACGCCACUGGUGCUGCAACUGGAAGUGCUUCGGCUACUUCAGCCGCUAGUGUCGCUACCUCCUCUUCCGCCGCAAUCGCCGUUUCAACCUCUGCUGCUGCCGCAUCAUCGGUUGCAUCAGUUGCUGUUUCUAGCGCCGCAUCACCAACCACAUUAGUCACUUCGGUUGCUUCAGCUUCAGCUACAGCUACAGCUACUGCAGCCGCAUCAUCUGAUGAUGAUGAUGAGACUUGUGACGCAUAA